ACUUACUUCUAAAUAAGUAUAAUUAGUGGUGCGGUUGUUACAAAAAACAAAAAAAUACGUUUUUUUUUUUUUCUCAUAUAGCGGCUCAUUUUAUGCAUUUAUAUUGUAGCGCAAAAGUAUGCAAAGAAGAAGAAAGAAAGAAAGUGAUGACAGACAGAAAAAUAGAUUUGCUUUUUCCAAAGAAUUUACGAGCAGAUUCUUGUCGGUGGAACAGGACUCAAGGGAGUGGUAAGAUGGAACGUUAUGAAAAGUUAAGUCGUUUGGGUGAAGGCAGUUAUGGUAUUGUGUAUAAAUGCCGUGAUCGUGAAACUGGUGCAUUAGUAGCAGUUAAAAGAUUUGUAGAAUCAGAAGAGGAUCCAGCAAUUAGGAAAAUAGCAUUAAGGGAAAUUCGAUUAUUAAAGAACCUAAAACAUCCAAAUUUAGUAUCAUUACUGGAAGUUUUUAGACGUAAACGCCGAUUGCAUUUAGUAUUUGAAUUUUGUGAGCACACUGUAUUACAUGAGUUAGAACGAUACCCAAAUGGUUGUCCAGAUCAUUUAACAAAACAAAUUGUUUAUCAGACAAUGCAAGGCGUUGCAUACUGUCAUAAACAGGGAUGUUUGCAUCGUGAUAUUAAACCUGAAAAUAUUCUAUUAACAGCUCAAGGACAAGUAAAAUUGUGUGAUUUUGGAUUUGCAAGAAUGUUAAGUCCGGGCGAAAAUUAUACCGAUUAUGUUGCAACGCGUUGGUAUCGUGCACCAGAAUUAUUAGUCGGUGAUACGCAAUAUGGUACACCAGUAGAUGUAUGGGCAAUUGGCUGUGUUUUUGCUGAAUUAGUACGAGGUCAAGCAUUAUGGCCUGGUCGGAGUGAUGUUGAUCAACUGUUCUUAAUUCGUAAAACACUAGGGGAUUUAUUACCAAGGCAUAUACAAAUAUUUGGCCAAAAUGAAUAUUUUAAAGGUAUAACACUUCCAGUACCACCUACUUUGGAAACGCUUGAAGAUAAAAUGCCCGCAAAAGCAUUACAAAAUCCACUUACAAUAGACUUUUUAAAAAAAUGCUUAGAUAAAGAUCCAACAAAACGAUGGACAUGUGAAAAAUUGUUAAAACAUUCAUAUUUUGAGGACUAUGUUGCUAGACAAAAGGAAUUAGAAUCACUCGCAACAUCAAUUGAUUAUAAAAAUCGUGACAAAUCAAAGAGUUCGAAUACAUCAUUACCGUUGUUACCAGGAACACAAGAAAUGGCUAAGCAGAUUAUUAAAAGUAAUAAUAUAAAUUCAUUUAACAGAACUGAACAUCAUUUACCUACUAUAUAAUCUAUAUAAAUAUUAAUAUUUAACUAAAAAAUUUAACAAAAAUUAAA